AUGUUGGCGGCGCCCGCUCGGCCCGAGGCGGCCCCUCACGCGCCGCGCCGCCGCCGCCGCAGCCGCGCGCCCCCCGAGCGCGGCCGCCGCCGCUCCGCCGUGUGCUCCGCGAGGCAGCGCCGAGGCGCGCGGGCCAUCCCGGGGGAGCACGACGCGGGGCACGGCCGCGGCCCGGGAGGGCGGGCGCCGCGCCGGCUCAGCCGAGCGCGCUGCGCCGCGGCCCCUCGCGGCCGCCCCGGGCCCGGCCGCGCCGCCAUCUUCCGUGCCUCGCAGUGCUCGCGCCCCGCCCGCCGGGGUCCCCGCGGCUCCGGGGAGGCCCUCCCGGCCGCGCGCGGCGCCCUCCGGAGCGCGGCGGAGCCCCGGGUGGGAGCAGCUCCGGGGCCGCUGGAAUCCGGGGCAGGACGUCUUGUUUGCCCGGGCGGCGGCUCCCCGGCCAAGCCUGCACCGGCGCCUGCGGGGACCCCCAGGGACCGACUUGAACUCGAGUCACCUUCUGGGGCCGCUGUCACCCGCAGACCCAGAGCCCUUGGGCGUGCCGGGUGGGCAGGCCUUCCCCACGGGAUGAACUGCGCCUCAGCCGCCGUGCCGGCACGCCGCCCCCGCCGCCCGCAGCGGUAUUUUAAGCCGGUGGUGGUGACCCGAGAUCGUGAAAACCUUGAAUGCCUGGUAAGAAAUUUCAACUUUAUUCUAAAGGCAUUGGCAACUGAAUGAAGGUUUUGGUUUUAGAGCGAGAGAAUGACACGUUCAGAGCAUUCUGAGGAAUGACUCAGAAAACUAUCCAGAGGAUGGCUGUAGUCGUCCAGAUAAGAGGCAAUGAUGGCAUGAGCAAAGCCAAUGACAGUGCAGAUGGAACACAAGGAACAGGUGCAAGAUUUAUUGUGGAGAUAAGAGUGGAACAACUUAGCAACCAAUGGGAUAUGAGGAUUGAUGGAGGCAAAAAGAUUGCAAGUGACUGGGAAAGUGUCUGGAAGGAUGAUGGUUCAUAACACACCAGAAUGGAUGAGAAGAAGAAGAAGUCUUAAGGUGAGCGGGGCAUGAUUAAAUUGGUGUUGCUGGUUAAAUAAACAGUUUCCAUUGGUUCUUUGCUGUGUGGUCCCUCCUGCUUUUCACCUUUCCCAACCCUCUGCAUCUUUAAAGGCUCAAAUUAGUCCUCACCUCUUCUAAGAAGGUUUAAUGAAAUGUUUCUUCUUCAAAACAGUUUUAGACUUAACUCAUUGGGAACUAUAUCUUUUUAGAGUUGGAAAGUACCUUUGGGGUCUUCCAGACGCUUCUACAACCUCCCCAAAAGUGAUCUUCCCUCUGUUUCAGUAUGUCUGGUGACAGAGUGCUCACCGUUGGGUAACUGUUCUAAAGUUCUACAAUUAGAGAAGACCUCCAGGAAGAAUCAAAUUUGCCUCUCUGGAAAUUCCAACGGUUAAUAUUAGUGCUGCCUCCUAGAGCUUCAUACGUCAAACUCCUCCUAUACAUGACAGCCCUUCAGACGCUUGAAGAUGGCUCUCAUGUCCUUCUGAAGACUUCUGUUCCUCAGAAUAUGCUGUUCUGGAUAUGGUUGCUAUAUAACACACUCUCCCCAAACUUAGCAGCUUAAAACAGUUUGAGAAAUGGUCAUCUGGGCAGUUCUGGCUCUGGUUCUAUCAUGAGGUUACAGUCAGAUGGUAACUGGAGCUGGAACCAUGGGGGACUGGAAUAGCCAGAGCAGGCCAGCCAUUUCUCUUUCUCUAGGUAGUUUCAAGGUUUCUCCAUAUGGUUUUUCUGCAUGCGUAGGCUUGAGCUUCCUCACGGCAUGGUGGCUCGGUUCCAAGAGAGCAUUUCAAGAGUACCAGCAUAACCUAUAUCAGCUUUUAUGACCUUACCUUUGAAUUCCUGUAGUGUCACUUCUGCCAUAGUUACACAAGUCCUCCCAAAUCCAUGGGGAGGACUAUGGUUCCCUUGUCUCAACAGGGGAAAUGUCAAAGUUAAUAUUUUAAGGAGAUCAUGUGAAGUAGGAGAUAUUUGUUAACAACGCUUUUGGGAAAAUACAAUCUGCUAUGUAAUAUAUUCCCUCAAUUGUCCUUGCCAUCCUCCUCUGAAAGUGUUUUAUAAUAAGGUGUAGGAAUUAGAUGGCCUGUGUUUGAGUCUUGUCUCACGUGUAGCCUGGAACAUGUUAUUUAACUCCACUAAUGUUCAAUCAGUUCAUAAGUAAGUGAGGAAUCUGAACUCGUACCACACAAGACAUAGUAUAAAUUUUUUUUGAGUAAAUGGCCAACAUGCAAUCUUCUACUUUUUCUGAGAACUGCUAUUCCCUUUCCUCCCACACCCCAGCCCUUGGUUCCUAGGCGUCAGCUGCCAUGUUUGAACCAUAUAACCCCACCUGCCUGGUACAGUUCGUUGGACCCUGAGGGCUAUUCGUGCCACAAGCUGAGUCUAUCAGAUUCUUCCUCCUGGAAAUCUGGGCUUUGGAUUCAGAGGGUUGUGACUGAGGGUAUGACCUUUGGAAUCAGACUGUCUGGUUUGAAUCCUGAACCUUCCCUUUCUGAACAAAAAAAUCUGUAUUAACUCUUCUGGGCCUCAAUUUUCUUAUUUGUAAAAUAAGAUGAUGGUGAUUGAUGAUGUAAAAGUAUUUACUUCAGAGGGUUGUUAUGAGGAUGAAAUGAGUUAAUUCCUGUGAAAUUCUCACCACAGCACUGUGAAUGAAGGCUGGCGCCUCCCUCAAGCCAACCUGAGGUCUGUGGAGUGGCUGUUUUAUUUUUCAUAGUCACAGGGAGGCCCAGAACACUGCUCUGAAGAAGAAAAAUCAUGAAGCCAUUGUGUAAAAGAGAGAAGAGAAAACUGUUUAGGUUUUGAAAACCUUCCAGGUUCCACUUCUAGGCUCUAUCAAGGCUGAGCUUCUUUCUUGCUCCUAGAUUCUACAAUGAGGAUAGAAUUAACCUGGGAAAAGUGUCAAUGUGACUGAGAAGACAAGAAGAUGCUCAAUGAACAGCAGCUAUUGUUAUACUUUGUCAGCGUGGGGAAUGUCAGUAAAUUACCCAAAAUAUUGCUGACAUCGCCAUCCAUCCAUAAGUCCCCUUCAGAAGGGGAAUAUUUAGAGUUGGAUACAUAGAUGAAAACAUGAUGAAAAAUGAAAGGCAGCAUCGUGCAAGGAGUAAAAGCAUGGACUUUGGAGUCAUGCAACCCAGGUUCCAUUUCCAGCUCUACCACUUGCAAGCUGUGAGACCUUGCUAAAGUCACUUAUCCUAUCUCUACUUGCCUUUCCUGAUCUCUAAAAUGGUGAUGAUGGUGGGACUUAUCUUGCUGUGCCAGACACACUUAGAUCAGGAUCUGGCACACCGUAUGCGUUGAAUAAGCAUCGGGUGUUGUUGUUGUCAUUAUUGUUGUUAUUACCAUCGUCAUCACUAUCAAUUUACUUAUUUAUCCAGGACUACCUUCAGCAAGCCAAGGUUACACAACAUUAUUCAAUAGAUGUGACCCUACCGUAUUCCUUAAGUGUCUGAGGUAUUUCAUGGUAUGAUAAAGAGUGGUCUUUAAAACGUUCCCCAAGAGAGUACACCCAGUACUGAUCAGCCCUCCCGGGAGCCCCUAAGAAGUGCACUCGAGGCCAAAAAGGGAACCUGUAGUCCUGCCACAUUGGCUCUGCAGGCCAGAUUGCUAGGAAGGGGUGGGGUGGGGGCCUUCCCAGAGCCUUUCCCUAGAAAGGAGGUCCCAAAGGGUGGGAGGGGAGCUUGCGGGAACAACCUCAGACAUUUGGCAAGCAGAAAUCCCAGUAGUUAUCCAUCUAAGUAGUCACAGACUGUGGACCAGUGAUUUCAACUGGAUGACUUCUUAAGAAGAACCUGGAACUUUUUAAUUCACUCAAGCUUGGGUUUUUUUCUUAUCCUUACCUAUUUAAUU